AUGGUUAUUAAAGGAGUUGAAGAAAUGGCCGAUAAAGAACAUUUCACAGAUAAGGAACAAAGGAAACAUUUCAUAGAUUUAUAUUAUCAUAAUCCACAUAGAGGUUUCUGUAAAUAUUUUACAUCAAUAUUGAGCGAAGAUCCAACAAGAGGUGCUUUGCAAAGAGUAGAAAAAAUCGUAUUAAAAUUAAGCGAAUAUGUAAACCCCGCAUUAGUUAUCAUGGUAAUUGGAGAUCUUAUUAAUAUGAAAAGUGAGGAAGAUUGGAAAGUUGCUAAAUGGGAAGCUAUCAGAUGGAAUAAUGGGAGGAUGUUACAAUUGUGCUAUGAUGUUAUGUCUCUCAAAUGGAUGUUAAUAACUGGAGCCUUUUAUUUGAUAGGUGCAGUUUUUUAUAGUGCCAGGAUACCUGAAAGAUUUUUUCCUGGAUCAUUUGAUAUAUGGGGACAUUCUCAUCAAAUUUUUCAUUUUUUGGUGGUUUUCGCUUCAUUAUCAUAUUAUUAUGGUAUAAUUCAAGCGAUGUCAUAUUGGCAUGAAAAUAAUCAUGAAUGUCAAAUUGAUAUU